AUAUUAUUACUAAUAAAAAUGUUGGUCGGCUCUUUCAGCUUAGUCAAAAACAAAACAAAACAAAACAAAACCCAACCAACCAACUUGCUCUAAGGUAUAUGAAUAGAAAGUGCCAUCUGGGACAGCCCGGGGACCACGACCUUAACCUUCACAUUUCUGUGUCCUCACUAAUGCUGAUCCCUAGGGCUGAACGCCCCCCCUUCUCCCCCCAACACAGAAGCGUGUGCCCUUCUUUUCUUUAGGGACCACCCAAGUGUUCUCUCCGGGCCUCUCUUCCGGGUGGAAUUAUUCAUGCAGUCAUCUAAUUCCCUGGCACUUCAUACACAAUGCUCCUGGCCUAGUUCCUGGCCUGUGAAGAGGUGUUCAGCUGAGGGAAAAGAAUAAAAAUUUGCACACAUGAUUAUACAUUAUCCUAUUUGAUAAAAGUUGGAAAGGCCUCCAUCAGAAUCCGAGCCCCAACAGCUGUUGCCAAAAUGCUUUGGAGUUUUUAACUGACUUUAAGAAAAGUCCGAAAUAGAUUUGAAACUGUCAAAACAGAAGCUGCAGCAAGGGGGAUUCAGUGCCAAUGCAUCAACAAAAAAGACAGCCAGAGUUAGUGGAAGGAAAUCUUCCGGUGUUUGUAUUUCCCACGGAGCUAAUAUUUUAUGCAGAUGACCAGUCAACACAUAAGCAAGUGUUGACUCUGUAUAAUCCCUAUGAGUUUGCCUUAAAGUUCAAAGUUUUGUGUACUACUCCAAAUAAGUAUGUUGUCGUUGAUGCUGCAGGUGCAGUAAAGCCUCAGUGUUGUGUGGAUAUUGUGAUUCGCCAUAGAGAUGUUCGAUCCUGUCACUAUGGUGUAAUAGACAAAUUCCGCCUCCAAGUUUCCGAGCAAAGCCAGAGGAAGGCUUUAGGAAGGAAAGAGGUUGUGGCUACUCUUCUCCCAUCGGCAAAAGAACAACAAAAGGAAGAAGAGGAAAAAAGAAUAAAGGAACACUUAACUGAAAGUUUAUUUUUUGAGCAGUCAUUUCAACCAGAAAACAGAACUGCCUCCUCAGGACCUAGUUUACUGACUGUCUUCCUGGGAGUGGUGUGCAUUGCGGCUCUGAUGCUUCCCACGCUGGGGGAUGUGGAAUCGCUGGUGCCUCUCUACCUCCACUUAAGUGUGAAUCAAAAAUUAGUAGCUGCUUAUAUCUUAGGUCUUAUCACAAUGGCUAUACUUAGAACAUGAGCAAGGAAUUCAGUUGGCUUCUGAAGUAAAUUUAUCUUGAAAAUAUGAAUGUAGACUGCCUUUUAUCUCUAUUUCACUCCAUUAACGUGGUACAAACUAUUGAAUGAUUUACAAUAAUUGUAAAUGUAUAAUAUAUAUUUAAAAUUACUCUAUAAUUUUAUUCCAAGGACUCCAACACAUUAUGGUACAGACAGCAAGGAUGCUUCUGAGUGACACUUAGGAAAUUAUUUGAAGAAAUUCUUUUUAUAUCUAAGUCCACUGUGCAAAGGACUUUAAUUAAGACAUUUGUUAUUUUCUCAUCUUUUUUCUAAUUCACUUUGAUUGUUGAGGUCAUGUGUCCCUCAAAGUUAAAGGCCUAAAAGAGCAAACUGACCAGCCUAAAAAUAAAAUUACAUUUCCUAGCUGUGAACAUCAAUGUUACGAUGUAAAUUAUAUCUUGUCCUCUAUCAUUAUAAACAGUUGCCAUGGUGUUUCUAAAAUAAGAGUUUUACAGUUAACAUGUAGAAGGCAAAAAAAAAAAAAAAGCCUAAAGUACUGACAGCUCAUGCUUAUCUGAGGGUCUCACAGAAGACAAGACAUGUUUAAUUUAUCUGGUGAAUUACAGAAUAGGUUGUAGUCCAACCACCAAGAAGUAGGGUGACCAUUCAGUUUGGUCUAAGAAUUCUAAAGGAAGGUAGGCGUUUGUUUAGUUGGUUGGCACACCCUGGCUUUAUCUCUGGAUAACGCUUUAUGUUAAUAGGAGGAAAGAAUCACUUUACCUUUUCUCAUCAGUCCUUUACCUGACUGUGACGAGACCAGAUUGGGACUACCAGUGCCAGGUGGUUUAUGUGAAGAUGAUUUUUCACCUUUAAACUCUAAGCCAAGUAUAAAAACUCCUCAAUAUCUAUGUCGAUUUUAUAUCAGCCACUAAGACAUUUUUUAAGUUUGUAUUUAUUACUAAAAUAACUUUACCAAAAAAAGUCCCUGAAGCACAACUAUUUACAUUUCUUUAUAGCCUCUUCUGAUCUCUAACGUAUAUAUGCAGUUUUAACUAUUAUUGUUAUAGUAACUGAUCUUUUGACUUAGGAUUUUUAUCUGAGAGCACAAUGCAUUAAGAGUCUCUUGAAAAUCAUCUUUCAGAUCUUUUUACAGAAUGAACUUAUGCACUGCUACUGUAGUAUUCUCCAGGAAUAUACGUAAACACAAGAUGUAUGUCUGAGGUUGGUUUUUGUAGGAAAUAGUACUUUGCUUCUAAAGUGAAAGCUUUUACGUAUACUCUUUCAUAGAAAAUCCUUAUUGUUUAACCAUUUGGGGAGCAUAAAUCAUUAAAUGGAUCAUUGUGUAAUGACUGAAAAGCACAUAAAUGUAAUCUAUUUUGAACUUUGUAAAAAAAAAAAAACCUUGUGUUUGGAGGCUAUCCUUUUUGUUUCUCUGUCCUUCUCAAGUCCUCUGUGUGUGUGUGUGUGUGUGUGUGCGUGCGUGUGUGUGUGUGUGUGUGUGAAAUAACACAUUGUAAAGAACAGAAAUUACUUUAAAAAAUAAAAAGAAAAUGGAGA